AUGGGAAAAGCCAAGAAGACGAGAAAGUUUGCUCAGAUGAAAAGGGCUAUCAAGCCCAAGGACAUAAAGAAGGCUACAGAGCCUCCCAAAAAGGAAGAUCCAGAGUUAGCUCGUUCAGUUCCCCAGGUGUCAAGUGCAUUGUUCUUUCAAUUCAACCAGGCCAUCAAACCUCCAUAUCAGGUGAUUAUAGAUACAAACUUCUUCAAUUUUUCCAUUCAAAAGAAGAUUGAUUUGGUUCGUGGCUUAAUGGACUGCUUAUUUGCAAAAUGUAUCCCAUUGGUGACCGACUGCGUCAUGGCGGAACUAGAAAAACUUGGGCCAAAGUACCGCAUUGCAUUAAAACUAGCAAAAGAUCCACGGAUACAGAGAAUCAGUUGCUCUCACAAAGGCACAUAUGCCGAUGACUGUAUUGUGAGCAGAGUGAUUCAGCAUAAAUGUUACAUUGUGGCUACGAAUGAUGCUGAUUUGAAAAGAAGAAUAAGGAAAGUUCCAGGUAUCCCUAUAAUGAGCGUUGGAGCGCACUCUUAUGUCAUCGAGAGAUUGCCCGAUGUCUUUUAG